UCCAUGGAACUGUCCCCAGGAGCAACAUGCUUCCUCCUGCCCGCCAAAUCUUCCAGAGAUUUGAAAUCUCGAUGAGGUUGCCAUUAGUCGCUGUUGUCCUCGGUGGAGGACAAUGCGAGGCGAUGAUUGCCCCGAAUAGAUGGGCAGGAAGGCAUGUUCAACUGCAGAGGGGAUGAGCGUGUUGUUGCGAGUUAAGCGGGAACGGAAUUUCGAAAUGCGGAGAAGGCGAAGGGUGAAUACCAUGGUUGGGUCCGAGAGAUGAUGCCCUCGGCUCCCUCCCUUUCUUCCCGCUCGGCAGUUUCCUUUCGCCCCCAUCUUCGCUCCCUGUGAAUCUUUCCUCGCUGGUCACUUCUCCCUUUCGUUGAUCAAUUUCAAGCCCUCGUUCUUUCUUUCCUGUUUCACGACUCCCCUGUUGCAGUCAUCUCGUCUCGCGCACAGGGAAUUCGAGUUAAAUCGUUUUUGGAUCCAGACGUGGAGUGGUUGGGAUAGAAGAUCGUGUACUGAGAUUUGGAACUCAAUGUCGCGGUCACUAACUGCCAGAUUUGUUAAAUGUUAGAGGGUUUCGAUUUGUGCCUUUGCUGUAAUUAUUUAAGAGGAUGCGCGAAAGCUAUUUGCCGCGGUGCUUGCGUCUCGUCUUCCAUGAAGCUGUGGUGGACGCUUGAGUUGUGCUCCGUUUGAAGGAGAACUCUUUACGUGUUGCGGUGUAGUUUUCGAUUUUCUUAAUACUGUGACGAUCAAAAAUAAGUGGAGGAAGGUGAAUGCGGCUCUUUGUAGUUUGUGACUGGCAUUUGCUUUGGUCCAAGGGAGAUCAAGCCUUCUCUCAGAUCUGCAUUGCAAUCCAUGGACGCACGCCUUAUCGUAUAGUAAAUAACUCUCUCCUGAAAAGUAGUGCGAUAUGCACUGCUGCAUUGUCUUGACACUUGAAUCCGAGCAUUCGACGCGUUCUUGGCGACGGGCUUAGGUUUCGAACGAAUCCAUUGUAUCCUUCUAGUUGUUCAAGUGAAGGGGUUCAGGAAAUGUGAUUUUUCGUUAGAGGUUUCUCUGCAGAAAUACAUCUCUAGUUGCAUGGUUAUUUGAGCUUCAAGGAACCCUGGCUCGCGAUCUUGUGUCGAUUUCUCCACGGACCCCUCGGAUAGUAUCCAAGGUUCCGGUCGAAUUGAUGGCUGCUCGAUCAGAAAAAGACAGAAGCGUAGCCGUACAAGUCCUGCUUCGUUGCAGGCCUUUAAAUGAAGAAGAGAAAAGAAUAAAAAAUCCUCAAGUCAUUUCUUGCAAUGAUACUCGACGAGAGGUCACCGUACUUCAGACUAUCGCUAGCAAACAAAUUGACCGAACAUUCACUUUUGACAAGGUAUUUGGGCCGGCUUCAAGACAAGUUGAUCUCUAUGACCAAGCCAUCGCUCCAAUUGUCAACGAGGCCUUAGAUGGUUUCAACUGCACUAUAUUUGCUUAUGGACAGACUGGGACAGGGAAAACCUACACCAUGGAAGGAUUAGGAAGAAAGUCGAAGAAUGGAGAACUUCCUGCCGACGCUGGAGUAAUUCCUCGUGCUAUACAACAAAUUUUCGAGACUCUUGACAAAGAAAAUCAAGAGUAUAGCGUCAAAGUCAGCUACUUAGAGCUUUACAAUGAGGAACUCACCGAUUUACUGGCACCUGAAGAGUACUCAAAGGUGGUAAUCGAUGAGAAGAUUAAGAAGCCACUUGCAUUGAUGGAGGAUGGAAGAGGAGGAGUCCUAGUUAGAGGUUUAGAAGAAGAAAUCGUUACUAGUGCGAACGAGAUUUAUACUCUACUUGAUAGGGGUUCGGCAAAACGCCAGACUGCCGAGACUUUGUUGAAUAAACAAUCCAGCCGAUCUCAUUCUAUAUUCUCAAUUACUAUCCAUAUUAAGGAAACCACUCCUGAAGGCGAGGAGCUGAUGAAAUGCGGAAAGUUGAAUCUGGUGGAUCUGGCAGGAUCCGAAAAUAUAUCUCGCUCUGGUGCCAAAGACAAUCGGGCUCGAGAAGCUGGAGAAAUAAACAAAAGUCUUCUCACUCUUGGACGUGUCAUUACAUCUCUGGUCGAACAUCUGGGUCAUGUUCCUUACAGGGAUAGCAAGUUGACAAGACUGCUUAGAGAUUCUUUGGGUGGAAAAACAAAGACAUGCAUCAUAGCCACUGUCUCCCCAUCUGUCCACUGCCUUGACGAAACACUCAGCACCUUAGACUACGCGUAUCGGGCUAAAAAUAUAAAGAAUAAACCAGAGGUGAAUCAGAAAACUAUGAAGUCCGCACUUAUUAAAGAUUUGUAUGGGGAGAUAGAGAAACUAAAAGCAGAGGUAUAUUCCGCUCGUGAAAGGAAUGGUAUAUAUAUUCCUCGGGAACGCUACUUCGAGGAGGAAGCUGAGAAAAAGGCAAUGGUGGACAAGAUUGAGCGCAUGGGAUUGGAAGUGGAAGCUAAAGACAAGCAAAUUGAAGACCUACAGAUGUUAAACGAAGCUCGUCAACAAGAUUGCGCAGCGCUUCUUACUAAGCUGAACGAAACCCAGAAAUCACUAGAGUGCUCUCAACAAACCUUGCAUGAGACGACAGAGAAUCUGAAGCAGGCUAAUUGUGCUAUAAGGGAACGUGACUAUGUAAUUGCGAAUCAGAGUGAAACAGAGAAAGCCCUUGUUAGUCGAGCAGGGGAAUUGAGAGAGGAGUUGGAGGCUACUGUUCAGGAUGUCGCAGGGUUGUUCGCGAAGAUAGAACGAAAGGAGGACCUGGAGCUCAAAAACCAGAAAUUGGUGAACGCUUUCCAAAGUGGGCUGACAGAGCACAUGAAGGAACUUCGUACUUUGGUGGUAGUAGGUGUAGGUACCCAACAGCAGCAGCUACGGACGCUGGAAGAGCAACUUCAUUCCUUUUUAAAUUUUAAGGACCAGGCUGAGGAGGAGCUGAAGAAAAAGCUUCAAGGGUUGAAGGACCUGUACUUGUCCCAGUUGCAGCUGGUCCACACAGCAGUGCUUGAACACGAGGACGUAUCCUCCUCGACACUCAAGUCCCUCGAUUCCAAAGUGGCUGCUCAUCCUAAAGCUCUUGAACAGCUGUUGGUUAGCGCUGUCGCUGAUGCGCAAAGCGUGAUUCAUGACUUGCAAGAGAGCCUCUCCAACCAAAGUCAAGAAUUGGCUGAAUUCGCACAACAUCAACGUCAGGUGGCCCAAAAGUGCCUGCAAGCUGCCAGAGACAUAACAAGAACAAUUAUGGCAUCCUUGUCCGCCAUAGAAGUCGACACUGCUAAUUUCAAUGAGUGCAUCAUUUUUAGCAGCGCAAACCAUGAUAAAGGGCUCCACGCACUUGCAGAAGCCUAUGAGGAACAUGCGAGAAAAGAUCACACUCAACUAUUGGAAAGCAUCACAGCAAUGUUGGCGAGUUCCCUGGGAAAUCGGACUAAUCUUGUUCAUACUCGAAUUAAAAAGCUUAGGGAGGUUGCUAGUCAACAUGCCCAUAGGACGAAACAUGGACUUGAGAAGAUUCAACAGGAAGCUAUCACUGCCAACGGAAAACUGAAUACCUUCACAGCUACGGCAGGUGCAUCCUCCCUUGAAGACGCUACCAUGUUUGCCACAUCUGUGUCUCGCAUGGAUGAGAUUCUUCAAUCAAGUACCAGCCACACAACGACAUCUGGAAGGAAGUGGGAGUCUAUUAAAAAAGAAGUAAACCAUCUAGUGACGUCCCACACUGCCGCUGCAACUUCAAUUCUCAGAGAGGGAUUGGAAGCAAAUGCAAAUGUUCUCGUCAAACUUCAAGGCCUACAAGAUACUGCCCGAUUGAAGAUUGAAGCACAAAACAACAAUACUGUGGCAUUUAUUAACGGUACCUGCACUGGAGAGCACGAAGCAGCAUGCAAAAUGCAAUCAACCAUGAAAUUACAGGCUGAAGCAGCUGCAGAACUUGAGAGAAGUCAUGAGUCAGGAUUGUCUGGAGUUCAAUUCCAAACUGAUCAUCACCUGAAGGAAGAAUAUUUGGAGGAUAAACCUACUUGUUCAACUCCCCGAAAAAGAACAAUUCAAGUGCCGACCCCGUCUUCAAUUAUCGCCUUGUGCACUCCACCGCUUGAUAUGUUGCUCAAAGAGUUUCGAGCAAAGCACGCCGUCGGUGGACCUGUUAGACUGAGCAAAGUGUUCCAAUCGAAUCGCAGCAGCAUGAAUCCUGAAAAGGAAAACAAGGAAAACAAUGGAUUCCAGGACUUCACUACGGGAGGCAAAUUCUGCAAUGUCGCAAAGAGGGGGUUCGAGAUCUGCUCAUUUCAAUCAAGGCUGGCGAACCUUCAUACCGCUUCCUCGACACGUGCCGAUUCGCAACUAAUCGAACGUACAACAUUCUUGACUCAAGUAUUGCCGGCAUUAUCCGAAUGGACGUUCUAUACCCUGGAGCCAUGCAAAGUCAUCAGCACGUCCCGUCCACUAUUUGAUGUGUAACUGCCCAGCAUCAUCAUGCUCACAGCCUGAGACAACUUCGUCUUCCAAGCCGAAUCCCAUGAAUUCCAGCUAUCCUUUCCUAGUUUCCCCCGUAAAUUUACUUUGGUGGUGUUUCCUGUAACAAUUGAAUCGCCAGGGCCGUAGAACAGUAGACUGCGUUUUAGAGGUUGUAAGCCGCCCUCAUAGUCUCUAUCCAGUACCCGGUCCAAAAUUCCGCUACCCUAAAAGAGCAAUUGCCGGCGUGCCAGGAUUGCGUUGCGAAAUCGUCCUUCUGGGAAAUUAUCUCUGCUAACGCUCUGAAGGUGUUGCUGCUAGAGCGGUUACUUUGUUUAGUAUUGGUCGAUUGAGAACUGAUCCAAUUGUGAAGACAUCAGAGAUGUUGUUGGAAUCUGUGAGUUUAAGAUGUUGGAGCUUAAGAACUUA